UGACCCCCCCACCUGCCCCGCCGCGGCGGACUGCGGCCACAGAAGUACGAGGGCGUCACCCUGUUGUUCGCCGGCUCGGGGCGGGAGGCAGCCCGUUCACGUGACCCGCUCCGCCCGGCUGCUCGGAUCAGCCCGGGUGUGCGCCUGCGCGGCGCGGGCUCGCGCGCGGGCCGUCCUACCUCCCUCGCUGGUCAUAAUGCCUACCUUCCGCCUCUCUGCCUGUAAUCUAUGAAACAGAAGCCCUUGAAAUACAUGGGUGAUGACCUUGCCCUUUGGAGCCUCCUCCUGCUUCACUUUGAAAGAAUUCCGCGGAACCCAGCGUAGUAGGAUGACCCAGGACCGUGUCGGUUCCGAAGCACAGAAAUCCAGGUAUCCAAGUUGACUCCAGAAGAGGGAAUCUAACAGACCAGUAGCAAUGGAAGAAAUUGAGAAAGUUAGCAAACAGCUGUCAUUCCCUACAAUGCAAGGAUCAGCUAGUGUCACAGGUUUAAAAAAUCCUUCAUGAGCAGGAAAGAUCAGAAGCAACAUGAUGGGUUCAGAAGCUCAUGAAAAGAGGCCACCAAUCCUAACAUCUUCGAAGCAAGACAUAUCACCCCACAUUACCAGUGUGGGUGAAAUGAAGCAUUACUUGUGUGGCUGCUGCGCAGCUUUCACCAAUAUAGCGAUCACAUUUCCCAUUCAGAAGGUCCUCUUUCGGCAGCAGCUUUAUGGGAUCAAAACCCGGGAUGCAGUACUGCAGUUGAGGAGGGAUGGAUUUCGAAACUUGUAUCGUGGAAUCCUUCCCCCAUUAAUGCAGAAAACAACUACCCUGGCACUUAUGUUUGGUCUGUAUGAGGAUUUAUCUUGCCUUCUCCAUAAGCACGUGAGUGCUCCAGAGUUUGCAACCCGUGGUGUGGCGGCAAUACUUGCAGGGACGACAGAAGCCAUUUUCACUCCACUGGAAAGAGUUCAGACAUUGCUUCAAGACCACAAGCAUCAUGACAAAUUUACAAACACUUAUCAGGCCUUCCGGGCGCUGAAAUGCCAUGGAAUCCGAGAGUAUUAUCGAGGUUUGGUGCCCAUUCUUUUCCGUAAUGGAUUCAGCAAUGUUCUUUUUUUUGGCCUUCGAGGUCCCAUUAAGGAGCAUCUCCCUACUGCGACAACUCACAGUGCUCAUUUGGUUAAUGACUUCAUCUGUGGAGGUGUAUUGGGUGCCAUGUUGGGGUUCUUGUUUUUUCCAGUUAAUGUUGUAAAAACUCGCAUACAGUCUCAGAUUGGUGGGGAGUUUCUGUCUUUCUCCAAGGUUUUCAAAACAAUCUGGCUAGAACGGGAGAGGAAGCUGACAAAUCUCUUCAGGGGAGCCCAUCUGAAUUAUCAUCGGUCCCUCAUCUCUUGGGGAAUAAUCAAUGCGACUUAUGAGUUCUUGUUAAAGAUAAUAUGAAAACGUCACCAGUGAAGUGCCGUGUAUCAACUAAAUAGACUUGAGAAAAAUUCAUUUUGGCUUUGGUUUGAAUUGGCCCCAGUACAAGUAGGUGGUGUUGAGUCCAGGCUACAGUGAAUCAUGGGCAGAGCUGUUUCCCAUGAGUAUCAACAAAAACAGAAUAAAAGGUUUCAGUAGGAAAUUUUCAAAUUUCCUUUUCUUUUGUUUUUAAUUUUUUUAUAUUUAUCCAAGAGCUUUAGGCUAACUGCUGGUAAAUAGCUGUCUCUCUGAUGGUCUUUCACAGGAUAUCCUAAUAGCCAGGAUGAUUCCUUUUCCCAAAACAGCCUUUAAGCCUUUUAUAUUGAAGCAUAAAAUGGCCAUAACCAGCCAGGAAAGAUGCUCUUGGGCCCCCAGGACUUCUCAGGCUUACUUUGUUACUCCACUUCUUUGCUCUCGGGAGCAGUUGGAAAGGGGAGUCUUCGUGACACUCAAGCAUAUAUGUGGCAGGACACGGGCAGAACAGAAAAGAAAAACAGCUUAUUGGAUCAUGCUGAAAUUGUUGGUGUUAGUUUUGAAAUUAAGCACCUGUUGGGAUAGUCAUAGUCCAUACUUUUCUGUUUAGAUGAGGUAGUUGGAAUCAUGCAACUAAUGAAAUUUUAAUCUUGCUUUCUACCUUUGUUUCAUUCUGAAUGUGACCGUAAGCCCUUCGAAAAUACCUUUACAUUAAUUUUACUGAUUUCGUUGCCAAAAGUGGGAGAAUUUAAAAUUUUUAUAGGUGUUUCAUCCUGUUAAGAAGCUGUUAAUUACAUAUAUUCCUAUUCUGUCUGGCUUGGUUUCUUUGAAUUUUUAGCAUCAACUUAGCAGAGGGCUUUGGGGGCUUUUUCCCCCAAGUAGUAAUUUGUCAUAUUUGAGCAUUCUAUUUUCUUGAAGUUAUAGUUUAAAAAAAUAAACACUUCUGUAAGUUUUAUUUUAGGAGUCUGUUAAUACCCCAGGUUCCCCCUCUCCCUCUUUCUGGUUUCUAAAUGUUACAUGGGAAGAGGGGAAAAAGCUCAGCACACUUGUCCCACAGUGUUGGCUAUCUUUAUUUUAUUCUUGGAAAUGGACACUCCUUUAAGAUUUGACAUUUGGGGAACCCAGUUUUAUUGUGUCAUUAAAGCUAGCUAGUUUAAGAGCAUAUGAUCUAAAUAAAAGCAUUUGAAGGGUUAUAUUAAAUUCUAGAGGUUGGUGUUAGCUAGAUAGCCUACUCGUCCCUUAUAGGCUUAUAGACAAAACUUCUCAUGGGAUCAGGGAAUAUUUGAAUUUUUUUCCCAGAUUGGUGAAGCGAAAUGACUCAGAGCAGUUGAAUAACUAAUGAAAUACAGGAAACAUCCUAGAGAAAUGGUUGAUAUGUCUUUUAAAAAAUAUCUCUGUAAAUACUAAUGUACCUAAGAUUGCUCCUUCUAACAAGAAAGAUUUUUUUUUUUUUUGUAGUUCCAAGGAUUGAACCCAGGGCCCCACUUAUGCUAGGCCAGUGCCCUACCACUGGGCCAUGCCCUAGCCAUCUCCCUUGUCCCUUCUUUUUUUUUUUUUUUUUAGGCACGGUGCUGCUGAGCUAAAUCCCCAGCCCCCCCCCCUUGUCCCUUCUUAAAGAUGUUUCUUGUUAACUUUUUUUUUUUUUUUUCCAUUUUUCUGGGUAAUUGCAGGGGAAUUUGUGCAUAUGCCAACCAAAAAAUCAGGGCCUCAAAUAGUUGUUUACUCAAGUUUCUGGACAGAUAGUCCCAAACAGCUGUUUACCUCAAAAUGCACUAUGGCUGUCUCAAUAAAAUGAACGUCCUUUUUCCAGCUGUAAAGGGUUAAGGAUCAUAGUAAGCAUUAGCAAGGUAAGAAUGGAGUGAGCACCUUCCCAGCAGUUCUGCUUGACAAUUUUGUGCUAGGUAUAGCAGUUUAGAGAUCAAGGUGCAGAUGUGAGGAUUUCAGAAAACAAGUUGACACCAAGUGAAAUUGAGUAGUGUUCUUUGGCCUGUUGAAUUGGGACUUGAAGGGAGUGGCAGAAAUGAAUGAAGAUGGCACCUGCAUUCCUGGCCCCCUCAUUCACGCGUGGCGCUCUGAGCACCUGCGGGCGCAGGGAGGCCGGUGCCAGCACAGCAUGGGGGAGUUAGGAGCCACACCUUUGCCCUGGGCAUGGACUCCAUUGGCCUUCAGUUCUCUGGGGCUUGCUUUUGUCUACACUCCAUACAGGUUUUACUUGUAAAGCACUUUGGUGAAAAUUGUAAGGAAAGUGCUUUGGUAUUUGCCCCAUCAAAGGAUAUGUGGCGUUUUGAAACAGUUAAUAUAUUUUAAUGGCUUUCAAUUCAUUCUUUUUUGGGGGGUACCAGGAAUCGAACUCAGGACCUUGUGCUUGCCAGGCAGGCCCUUGUGCCACUGAGCUAUAUCCCCAGCCCUUAAUUCAUUCUUAAAUUUGUCACUUUUUACUGUUCUUGAAGACCAAACUGCAAACACAUUGCCAGAGAUGAUUUUGUAUUGUGUUAUAGACUUAAUUUGACAAAAUAAUCAGAAUUUGUAGCCAACAGUUUUAUCUGAACUUCAAGUCAGAAUGUGUAAUAAGUAAGAAAUUCUGUUGUUUUUACCAUCAGCGUGCACUAGCAUGGUAAUAAUUUAUAAAAGGCAAAUAGGAUUGAAUAAGUCUGAAAAGCUUUAAAGUGGUCUGUUACAUACGUGGCACAGAUACAGCUCAUGUGCGUAAGUCCAGGUCUUGUGUCCUAGGCUUCAUGUCUGAUGCCACCAGAAAUGUCACAAAUGCUGUAUUAACACACUUUUGGAGUGAUACGAUCCCUGAGGACUGCACCACAAACACAGCCUUUACGUUGUAACUUCGUGUCUUACUUUUUUCCCCUGUGGUUGGGGAUAAAUUCGAUGUUUUUUGUCUAAAUAGUCACUAUUCAUCUUAACUUAUGGUUGGUUAUAUAUUUACCUGCUGUACAUUGACCUGUGCAAUAAAAUAGAAUUGUGUAUAUAUAGUUGACUUUUGGAUAUCUGAAAUUCCCAAGCUCAAUUGCAGUGAGUAUAAAUGAUCAGUAUAAGAUCGUGCAAACCUGUAAGGGGUAAUAGUAGCAGGCAGGAUGUGUGAAAUGGGAUCUAGAGGGCUCACUGUACAGAAGCCAAUCUUGUUGCACUAACACUGGUGCUGUGGAGUGAAGUACUGUGGUGUGAGGGCUGUGCGGUCAUAAAAGGAAGGCUCAGGAGAUGACGCUGGGAGGAAGGCUGAGCGCUCAGACUUCUUUUUAUAUGAAGUACUUGUCUUCUCAUGUACAAAUGUGUAUCAAAGACUUGAACAUCAUUCUCUCAAAAUUUGAGGACUUUUAGUUUUAAUGCUGUCUUCUUGUGUAGUAAAUACUUGCCUAAAUGGCUCAAGUUGUAUGAGGAUCUCUGUAUGUUUCUUCUUUUGAAGUCUCAUUAAAAGUCUGUUACCAAAUGCAAAA